AUGCAGAACAUCGACACGAACGAUGAUUUAGAAAAAAUAGGUCAACAGCGCAGGUUCACCCAUCUGGGUGAGAACCGCUGGUUGAAGGUCACUGUUAUGCCUGCUAUCCGAUUGAAAUACAAAAACAUUAAUUUAGCUGAUAGUGUAGCAUUAAACGAACCAGUAGCGGAUAUCGAUGCAAGUCCCCUGAGCAGGUUCAAACGAAACAAUGGAGUCCGCGGAUCUUUUCGCGGUCAAACGCAGUCACAGUACUUACACUUCGGAGACAAUCAGGACGGAAAGGCGGAGGCGGAAGCAACACAGCACAGUUCUAGAGCGGUAGUUGUGGGUUCCAAUGGCAUGGGCCAGGCACAAAGCCAAUCGAUGGGGGCCGACUGCAGCUCUUGUUUCGAUGUUGGACAAGAUGGCAGGAGUUACGUGUAUGAUGCACGACCUGAUCCGCUAAGAGCACCCAGCGGUUACGAUUACCGAUCUCCAGGUGCCGGGGAUGAUAGGUUCCGUCCAGGAAGUGACACUUUUGAUCGGUUUUCCGUACCUGGUGGAAGACCAGGCGCAGGGACUGGAGUUGGUGGACCUGGUAGUACAGCUGGAGGUACAGGGACCGGUCAACUUCCUUCUGGAACAGGAACUGGUGGAACAGGUACGGGACAAUACUUUGGUGGUACUGGACAAUAUCCAGGUGCUACUGGAACUGGUCACGGAGGAACGGGUGCAGGAGGUGAUGGAAGCGCACGACCAGGAACUGUUGGGACCCCUGGAUUUGAUGCGUAUGGAAGACCAAUUCCAGGAACAUCUGGAAGACCCAUCGGAGGAACGGACUCCUAUGGAAGACCCCUUGGGCCAGACGGAAGACCUCUUGGACCGGACGGACGGCCUCUUGGACCGGAUGGAAGGCCUGUCGGACCAGAUGGAAGGCCUGUCGGACCAGAUGGAAGACCCCUUGGGCCAGACGGAAGACCUCUUGGACCGGACGGACGGCCUGUCGGACCAGAUGGCCGGCCACUUGGACCAGAUGGAAGGCCAUUUGGACCAGAUGGAAGGCCUCUCGGGCCAGACGGAAGACCUCUUGGGCCAGACGGAAGACCUCUUGGGCCAGACGGAAGACCUCUUGGACCGGACGGACGACCUUUAGGACCAGAUGGAAGGCCUCUCGGACCAGACGGAAGACCUCUUGGGCCAGACGGAAGACCUCUUGGACCUGAUGGAAGGCCUCUUGGACCAGAUGGAAGACCUCUAGGACCAGGUGGAAGACCUACUGGGCCAGAUGGAAGGCCACUUGGGCCGGAUGGAAGACCUCUUGGACCAGAUGGCAGGCCCCUCGGACCAGAUGGAAGACCUCUUGGACCAGACGGAAGGCCUCUUGGACCGGAUGGACGACCCCUUGGACCAGAUGGCAGGCCCCUCGGACCAGAUGGAAGACCUCUUGGACCUGACGGCAGACCCCUUGGACCAGAUGGAAGGCCUCUAGGACUGGAUGGCCGGCCCCUCGGACCAGAUGGAAGACCCCUUGGACCAGAUGGCAGGCCCCUCGGACCAGAUGGAAGGCCUCUUGGACCGGACGGCAGACCCCUUGGACCAGAUGGAAGGCCUCUUGGACCAGAUGGACGACCCCUUGGACCCGAUGGAAGACCCCUUGGACCAGAUGGCAGGCCACUAGGACCAGAUGGACGACCUCUUGGACCGGACGGAAGGCCUCUUGGAUCAGACGGUAGGCCUCUAGGACCAGGCGGAAGACCUACUGGACCAGAUGGUCGGCCCCUCGGACCAGAUGGAAGACCUCUUGGACCAGAUGGAAGACCUGUUGGACCAGACGGAAGACCUAUCGGACCAGAUGGAAGGCCUAUUGGUCCAGACGGAAGGCCUCUUGGACCGGAUGGUAGACCUCUAGGACCUGAUGGCAGGCCUCUUGGACCGGAUGGAAGGCCUAUCGGAGGCCCUGGAUCAACAGGGAUCCAUGGUGGACCAUCUCCAAUUGGUACACCUGGCGUACCAGGUUUUUACACUCCCGGAGGUCCGAAACCCCAGGUAAUGGGACCGUCAUUGGCUGAUAUCUCACAAGGUCCUUCAAGCAUCUACGGAGUUCCAGGAACUCAUACAGUGACACUUCCGGGUCACGACCAUACCGUUGUUAAUCCAACCGGAGGGCUAACAGUAUUAGUAGGCACUGGCAGUCCCAAGCAAACGGUUAUCGGUUCCGACAGCCGACUGGACGGUCAUGGACCGGUCAAAAUUAUUCCUGGUCCUGCCGACAGUUCCGGUCCACCGAAGCAAACUGUUUUUGCACACCCCGGCGGUGUGACGGUGCUUGUUGGAACGGGUGGACCUCAUCAAACCGUGCAUCAUCUACCGGUUUCCGGCAGUUACCCUAUCGGACCACAAACCAUUCAAACGGGAACAGGAAUAGCGCAUCCUGGUAUUUAUCAUCCCGGGAUGGUAGGUGGCACUGGAACCCAAUAUCCAGGAACGGCAGGCGCUGGACAAUAUCCAGGUCAAUACCAGCCUGGAGGCACAGGACCUGGAGGUCCUGGAACAGGAAUCUCAGGAGGAACGACUGGUACGGGCACAGGUACUGGAGCUGGACAACUUGCUGGAACUGGACAGUACCCAGGAGGUACUGGACACGCACAAUAUCCUGGAGGUCCGGGUGUUGGUACAGGGGCUGGACAGUAUCCAGGUGGAACUGGUAUUGGACAAUAUCCAGGUGGAACGGGAGCUGGGCAGUACCCAGGCGGAACAGGUGCUGGACAAUAUCCGGGUAGCGUAGGUGGAGGACAGUAUCCUGGUGGUGUAAGUGGAGGACAGUUUCCGGGUGGAACGGGUGCUGGACAAUAUCCUGGUGGAACAGGUGCAGGGCAAUACCCAGGUGGAACAGGAACGGGACAAUAUCCAGGCGGCACAGGGGCUGGACAGUAUCCCGGUGGAACAGGAGCCGGACAGUAUCUAGGAGGAACAGGCGCCGGACAACAUCCAGGUGGAACGGGCGGAACAGGGGCUGGACAAUAUCCCGGUGGAACAGGAUCCGGACAGUAUCCAGGAGGAACAGGUGCUGGACAAUAUCCUGGAGGAACAGGCAGUGGACAAUAUCCUGGAGGAACAGGUGCCGGACAACAUCCAGGUGGAACGGGUGCUGGAAGAUAUCCAGGUGGUACUGGACAACACCCUGGAGGAGUCGGACAACAUCCAGGAGGAACAGGCGUAGGACAAUAUCCUGGUGGAACAGGUGCUGGGCAAUACCCCGGUGGAACAGGAGCCGGACAGUAUCUAGGAGGAACAGGCGCCGGACAACAUCCAGGUGGAACGGGCGGAACAGGGGCUGGACAAUAUCCCGGUGGAACAGGAUCCGGACAGUAUCCAGGAGGAACAGGUGCUGGACAAUAUCCUGGAGGAACAGGCAGUGGUACUGGACAACACCCUGGAGGAGUCGGACAACAUCCAGGAGGAACAGGCGUAGGACAAUAUCCUGGUGGAACAGGUGCUGGGCAAUACCCCGGUGGAACAGGAGCCGGCCAGUAUCCAGGAGGAACAGGGGUUGGGCAAUUACCUGGCGGAACAGGUGCUGGACAGUAUCCUGGAGGAACAGGCGCCGGACAGUUUCCAGGCGGAAAAGGUACUGGACAAUAUCCAGGUGGUACAGGAACAGGAGCAGGACAAUAUCCUGGUGGAACAGGUGCUGGUCAAUAUCCUGGUGGAACAGGUACUGGUCAAUACCCGGGAACAACAGGAGCAGGACAAUACCCUGGCGUACCAGGUGCUGGACAAUAUCCCGGUGGAAUAGGCACGGGACAAUAUCCAGGUGGAACAGGUAUGGGACAAUAUCCAGAAGGAACGGGGGCCGGACAGUAUCCAGGCGGUACAGGUGCUGGACAAUAUCCUGGGGGAACUGGCUCUGGACAGUAUCCAAUUGGACCUGGAACAGGAGUAGGACAACCUGGAAUUGGAGGUACAGGAUCUGGACAGUAUCCUGGAGGAGUCGGUGUUGGACAACUUCCAGGAGGUACCGGAACGGGACAAUACCCAGGGGGAAUGGGCACGGGACAGCUUCCAGGUGGCGGUGUAGGUGGUGGACAAUAUCCAGGAACCGGAACUGGAUCAGGCACUGGACAAUAUCCGGGUGGAACAGGUACCGGACAAUACCCUGGAGGAACAGGAAUCGGACAAUACCCAGGAGGUACGGUUGCCGGACAAUAUCCAGGAGGAGCAGGUAGUGGUGGCCGGUACCCGGGAGGUACGGGUACCGGUCAGUAUCCUGGGGGUACGGGUACUGGUCAAUAUCCAGGCGGAACUGGAACUGGUAUUGGUCAAAAACCAACCAGUAUAGAUCAAUAUCCAAGUACGAUAACUCAGGGAGGUUCCGUAGUAAGCGGAGGUCCUCAAACCAUUCAGGCCGUAUCGGACGAUGACGAUUCGUUUUCGCAAGCGGAAUCAUCGGUGAAUAAUGGACAGGCUAUUGCCAGCGCACAGGGUCGUAAAAAUGGUGGCACGGCACAAACGCAGCCCAAACUUUAUCAUGGAGGACGUCGACUUCAACGAAACUGCAAGGAGCAACAGCGGCAAUUAAAGCGGACCAUCAACGGUGUAGCGAAGUUCGUUGAAGGCUUCACAAUGGAACGGCACGAAAACCAGAUCGAUGUCCGGUUGGACAUGUUGGAAGAUGCGAUGCGGAGAUUCUACAAAGUACAGCGGAAGAUGAAGGUGAUCCUCGACGAAGAAGACCUCGAAACCAAACUAGAAUCAAAAGAAUCCGAAAGUCAGCGGGAAAAACGUAUUCAAUCCAAGAUCGCUAAGCGUGAGGCUGAUUUUGAUGAGGCUGCAUCCCAGGUCGAAGAGGUUUACUGCACAGCGAAAUCUUCCCUGGUGGCCUUCAAGAGAAAAAAGCAAGUGUCAGUCGAAUUGUCAGAAUCUUCUACAAGUUCGGUUAUGUCUAGCGUGAAACUUCCUGAAAUCCAGCUGCCCCAUUUCAGUGGAAGAAUCCGAGAAUGGAUCACCUUUCGCGACAUGUUCCAGAGUCUCAUGCACAACAACGGUCUACUUUCCCCAAUCGACAAAUUCACCUACUUGAGGUCAUCGGUGACGGACGAAGCACUCCAGGAAAUCGGCUCUAUUGAAAUUACGGCGGCAAACUACCAAGUGGCAUGGAGUAUAUUGGAAACAGGCCUCGGCAUCGUCGAAAUAAAAAAUCGAAAGUGA